GGGCUGCACACUUUUUCAAUUCCAUCUCAAAGCAUUUGGGAAAGCCCAACCAGAAAUAUCUCUGUCAAGGACUAUACCUUGGACAUAUUUUGGGAUCUAUGGGUAUUGCUUCUAAAGGAAAGAAGUAUGAAGAAAGAUACUGGCUAUACUAUCUGUCUACAAAAGGGGAAAACAGAGCUGGCACUAGUGCCACUGCAGAAGAAAGCUCUUCAGAUAACAUCCCACUCAUCCAUAUGACGAAGACUACCAAAAGGAAGAAAGUGGUGUCUCCCUCCAUUAAAGCACCACAGAAUCUUGCUCCAAUAAACCUUGAAGAAGAGGAAGGAUCCUCUGACCAAGGAGAACUUCAAAGGAAGAAGAAGAGGAAGAUCAACUCCCCCUCAACAUCUGGAAAUGUCAAUCCGGAUGAGUUGAAGGAAAAGGAACCUGCUGAGGAAACAUCUGCUCGGAACCAGAGCCCUCACCAAUUUGAAGAAGAAAUUCCUCAAGUCCAAAGCCUUCCAACCUCAUCUCAGCAUCAAACAGAUGAUGCAGAUAACCAAUUCUGGCAGCUAUACUAUGAUUGGAAAGCCUGGAAAGUUGGAAAUUCAGCAGAGCAACUGUUGAAUUGGGACCAACAGCUGAAGAAUGAGAAAAUCAUCAAGAAGUGCUUAGGAAUACCAAUCAACCACAACUAUGAUGAAGACACUGCAGUCUUCAAGCCAGUCUUCUCAAAAGCUACAGAAGAUCAAGUGGCUCUCACUUCUGAAGCAAUAGCUGAGGAUUUCCAAACAUUUCCGGAAACCUCACCUGCAUUUCAGGAAACUUCACAUGCUUCUGAAAUGGUUCUGACUCAAGUUGUUCAAGAGAAGGCAACCCCUCCCUCCCAAGAACAGAACCAGGAAAGAGCAGAUGAAGAAGAAUUUCAGCCGCUAAUCCAAUCUCAAGUUUUGAAGAUUCUCACCACUCCUUGUGAGAUCUCCAAUCCUACUGAAAUUGAGAUCCCGGAAAAGUCAGCUGAAAUUCCGGAACAGUCAGCUCUUCCAGAAACAAUGGAGCAAGCUGUUGAAGCACAAAGGAAUUUUGGAGAAGCUGCAAAAGAAACUCAAAUGGCAGAACUAGAGGUCUCUGAAACUCAAGUAGCCAUUUUUGAAGAAGAGAAUACAGCUGAAGAAAGGGACUCCCUCUCUAGGGAUAUAUCAAAUUUUGUGCUUGAAACAGAAGGAGAAUCUGAAAGAACACUGAAGGUUACUGAUGAAGAAGAUGUCCAAGAAGAUGCUGAAUCUCUUCCUAUGAAACUCUUCCAAAGAACACCAUCAUCUCAUCAGGUAACCAACUUUCAUUUCCAUAGCUCUUCCACCCCUGCUCUUCCGGAUGAGAUACCGGAAAUCUGGACAAAUAAGGUCCAAGGGCUGAUUGAAUCAGCCCUAGCAUCUCAACAUGCCUCCUUUAGGCAAGAGAUAGAACAAAUGGAAGUCAGGCACACCCAGCUAAUAGAGAAAUCUGAAGGAAAACACAGCGCAAAUCUCAAAGAAAUAAGCAAAUCAGUGCAGAAGACUCUGGAGAUUAUCUCUCUAUUGAGUGAAACUGUAAGCAACACGAUGGAAAUUUAUGCCUCUGACAGUCAGCUUCAUCUCAAAGAGAUCAACAAAGUCAAAGAGCAAAUAGCGAGUGUCACAAUUAGUCUCCAAAAACAGAUGUCCCUUCUCCAAAUGGACAUCAGAUCAGCCCUAGCAGUAGCUUCUGCAAAUCAGGUAGUAACCAAAGACUACUUGAAGGUGAUCAUUGACAAUCAAAAGGAAGCAUACAAGCUAUUCAGACUUAUUGGUGCAAACUCUGGAAACCGCAAGAUGGAAGUAAUUCUCCAACAACACAGUCCAUCUCCAAUACCACAGCUCCCUAUUGCAAUCAAAGAAUGAGAAGUAUCUUAUAUUCCUUCUCAUGUGAACUUGACAAAUCUAAUCCUUGAAGCACAACAAAGGAAUCCGGAAAACUCAGCACAACUUCUAUCCAGCUCAGGACUGGAUGGAACAGAAGUUAUAGGUACAGUUGUUGACCACUUCUCAAAUGAUGCUCAAUCAGAAGAAAGACGUGAAAAUUUA